AUGGGUGUUAUAAUCUUGACAGGUGCUUCAAGAGGGAUCGGUGCAGUAAUGGCUGAUAUUCUUUUGAAGAAUAAAGAAAACAACCUUGUUGCAGUUGCACGUUCAGAAGGGCCAUUAAGAAACCUAAAGAUAAAAUAUGGGGAAGAAAGAGUUGCCACUGUUGUUGGUGAUUUGAGUGAAGCUUCAGUUGCCAAAAAAAUUAUUGAUACAGCAAUUACACAAUUUGGUAGAAUUGACUCAAUCAUUGCAAAUGCUGGAGUUUUACAACCCGUUGCCCAAAUAAAAGAUGUUGAUAUCGAUCAAUGGAAAAAGCUGUUUGAUGUUAACUUUUUCUCCAUAGUUUCAUUGGUGUCUUUGGCACUCCCUGAAUUGAGAAAGACUAAAGGACAUGUUGUUUUAGUUUCAUCAGGUGCUUCAACAAAAUCAUAUGAUGGAUGGGGAGCAUACGGUGCCUCUAAAGCUGCCAUCAAUCAUUUUGCUAUUCAGCUUGCUGGAGAAGAGCCAGAUGUGUCAAUUGUUUCUGUUGCACCGGGUGUUGUCGAUACCCAAAUGCAAGUGGAUAUAAGAGAGAAGUUUGGCCAAAAUAUGACUCCUGAAGGGCUCAAACGUUUCACUGAUCUGAAAUCCAACAAUGAGCUUCUUGAUCCCUCAGUUCCUGGUACAAUAUUUGCCAACCUAGCGCAAAGAGGAUUCAGCAAAGAAAUCAAUGGCAAAUACUUGAGAUAUAAUGAUCCAUUACUAGAGUCAUACACUAAAUAA